UCUAUGUGCGGGUGUAGACCACCGCAAGAAGAAAAAAAACGCCGAGGUGGAGUUGUGAAAGAUCCAAACCUGGGAGGAAAUAAUCAUUUCAGCUUCUGUUUUUUUGGUGCAGUUUGAGGAAGCCGUUGAUGUAUUUCCUGUUCACGUCGAUGAGUCCCGCUCACCGAACGAACCGGUGAUCUCUGUGAUUGGACACACGGACUGACUGGUUAGCGUCGUACCUGCCGAGGGGGAGGAGGGGUGAAACGGCGGGGGAUCAGCUGCUUUUCAGUGUGGGAUGCUUUUAAUUUGAGGCCUGCUCCGGGUCUCCAGUUACUGCAAUGCCACUGGCGGGAGGAGGGAGAGGUGGAAGGCAGAACAUGGUGAAGAGAGAGCAGCUCAAAGCCAAUCAUGCAAAAAACUAAAGCAGCAGAAUGGUAUUUCAGGCCGCUCUGAUGAGCUGCAGGCUGUGAAGAGAGACACUAUUAUUGGCUGAAGCUAACCCUAUCAUGGCUGAAACGUAAAAUGAGGUGAGUACGGUGGCUGCGAGUGUGUAGCCGCUGCUCAAUUUCUCUACUUUCUGCUGACAAAGUUCUUGGACCCACUCACUGGACCACAGUGCGAACCAUGGGGCACUGGACAGAACCUAUGGCACCUGCCAGUGGCUCGCUUGGUGCAUAAUUGGGAGUCGAGCUCUAAAAACCGGCAUUCAUGUCUCUCCCUCUUCUACUUGCCUGCACUUCUGCCAACACGAAUUAACUAAUUGUUUUAUGAACCCAGAAUAAGCGUGAAACCUCGUCCAGUCACCUCCACACACACACACACACACACACGCACACGCAUGCCAACGAGCCUGGCAUGCCUUCGCCGUCAGACUCCAGCAGCGUGGCUUCGGCCUCGGGGUCUCGGGGCUGGUCGGACAGCCGCAGGGGCAUGUCGGGCCGGGGGCCCGGCGGGGCACGGCUACUCCUGUACCUCGGCCUGUGCCACCUGGGCCUGGGGGCCAUGGUCCUGGCCUUCUCUUUCACCAGCAUGGCCUUCACCUCCUCUGCCCGCGUAAGGCAGUCCUGUCCAUUCUGGGCCGGCUUCUUUGUGGUAGCAUCAGGGAUAGUUGGGAUAAUCUCAUGGAGGAGACCUCUGACGCUGGUGGUGUCCCUGUUCAUGCUGCUGUCCGCAGUGUGUGUGAUCCUCAGUCUGGCCGGCUCGAUGCUCUCCUGUCAGAAUGCACAGAUGGUCAAGUCUAUGCUCACUUGCCAGGUGGAGAAUGGUCUGUGUGUGUGUUGCGCGCCACCUCACUCCUGCUCCAUCACAGAGGAGGACACACUGGUGCUCUACCUGAAUGCUGACUGUCACUCAGUCAGACACCAGCUAAAGGACCUUCUGUUCAGUGCAUGUGGUCUCAGCAUUCUCUCCACCAUCAUCUGCACUCUGUCCACUGUGACCUGCAGUAUCCACAUCUUCUCUCUGGACCUUGUGCACCUGCUGGCUCCACAUCGCUCUCGUUCAGUCAACCCAGAAUGCACCACGCCUCAGGACGCCUUCCUGACCAACAUCAUGGACUUCGAGGAGUUCGUCCCACCUAUCCCGCCACCCCCCUACUAUCCUCCCGAGUACACGUGCAGCUCUGAAACAGACGCUCAGAGCAUCACCUAUAAUGGCUCCAUGGAGAGCCCCGUUCCUCUCUACCCCACUGACUGCCCCCCACCAUAUGAAGCUGUGAUGGGACAAAGAGCUGCGAGCCAGGCCACAGUGUUUGAACCCCAAGGCACAGAGGUGUCUUGUGAGAGAGGAACAUCUACUGCCUUCAGUGGAGAAGUGUCCAUGGACAGUGGCUCUCUGUUGAUGUCAGAGAUCGUGGACAUCCCUGACGAUUCCUCCCCCUCCGACGAUUCCUGUCUGCUGGAGGUUGGGCUGAGGACCCAGGGGCAGAGGGGCCACAGGAACCUCGGGGAGGGCGGAGACGGAGGAGAAGCGGGGGAGUACAUCGGCUACCGUGGUCCCCUGUCUCAGACUCCGGAGAGUCCUCUGGCAGGAGGGCCGAGAGCCAGGCGCUUCCUCAGAGGAGAGCGCUCCAACUCCUGCUCCUCGCCCAGCACGGCGACCACCACGUACAGGUCUCCAGUAUUGCAUCGACAGGCCGUGCUGGCCAGCAGCUGCUCUCAGCUGGAAGCCAUAGGGAGAUCCACCUCUCCACAGCGAUCCUCAAUCCCAGAGUUUCGAGUUUUCCCCUCCACCCUUUUGCGCCGCGCAGCUACGCCGACCUCCUCCGCACCGCCUAUUUCAUCCCCGUCGCCCGCCAGCGAGCAGAGCGGCGGUCCGGCUAACGGGCCGCCCCUCCCGGGCCAACCGCUGUACCUUCGACGAGGCGCCGGAACGACUGGGAGGGACGGAGAGAGUGUGAGAAGGCCUGGCGAGGGACUCCUACGUCUUGUGAGGUCACACAGUGAGCCGGGAGGCAUCGGCUCCCUGACGGACACAGGUCCAUCCUUUGAGACGUGUCUGUUGCCCCCCACCUCUUUGCCUCCCGCUCUAGCUCUACCAAGGAAAGGAGACUUGAAAUCAGCAGCCACGGGGGGGCAGGUUCCCUCCAAAGCGCCCCCCACCUCACCACUGCGCUUACCUAAAGACUGCCACCGGUCCCUGGGAGACCUUAAAGUGACUCGGAGCCUGGUGGCUCGCUUCCUGCAGCGCUCCAAACGAAACCUAUUGCCCUCCUCCGAGCACGCCGGGAGCCCCGGGCAGGGGCCUAAGAGGAGGAAUGGAGUUGAGGGCUCUGAUCCCAACCACCUUCACUUGGAACAGGUGUUGCUGAACCCUUGGAGCGGCGGCCGAGGUUACCCCAACCAUCACACCCGUCACCCUCAUUGGCGCGGACACCACCAUUCCCACAGUGACAGUCGACACAACCGGCACCACGGCACUCUGGCGCCAGAGGGGAUCCACCUGCGCAGCUGCGGAGAUUUAAGCUCCUCGGCAUCACUGCGGCGUCUAGCGACACCUCAUCCACCACAUGGGUCAUCGGGAGCACUUUACUCAGAGUCUGCACUGUGAGGAGAGAAGGAGGGAUGUUGGGGAGGGGCCGAGGAUGCUUACGAGAUGACAGGGUUGUAAGGAUGAUUGGGAGGAAAUGAGGCCUGAGGAAAAGCGGAGUCUUGGGCUCUGGAUGGUUUGAAAGUCUUCCCUCCUUUUACUCUUCGCCAACUCCACUUCCCGAAGCCAACCGUGCAAAUGGCCUUAUUCAGUGGUGCUCUUUAUCACUCCAAAUAUCAGCCCAAAGCUCACGAUAUUAUGUCAACAUGCUUAUUUCCGAGAUGUGUGGUCCGCGACCGGCCGAAAAACAACCCACCAUAUUCAUCUUUCAGCCGUAUUCUGCAAUACUGAUCCGGAGACAUAUUUCCCUCAAGACCAAAAGCAGAACUCAACUGGCAUUCAUGCUACAACAACCAGUUACUCCAAUGUAAAUUCAGUCCAUUGCAUAAUUAUGGGUUGCAAUAUGCUUCUGUCCCUUUUAUACAUUUCCAUUCACCCAAAGGAUCGCUCAGAGAAUAACCAUAGAAACCCAUAGUUUGUCUUCCAUUGAUUGAACAGUCAUUACAUAGAGAGUUUGAGUGUUAUGUAAGAUAAACAGAUUAGGUUACACCUGGGGACAAGUGGUCUCACAUGGACAACCUCUACCUGAGUUGUACAUUUUUGUUGAUUUCUUCAUGCAAUUCAGAUCCCACUUUCUCCAUGUUUUUCCACCUCCACACUGGCCUUAAAAAAAGGCAGCCAGCAUUUUUAACAUUGACAUUAAUGCAUGCCACAGACACAUGCUAAGCGUUUGAAAUGUAUAUUCUGUGAGUGGCACCUGGACACAGUGGUAUGAUUUGCAUAUGUGCAUGUUUUGCUACAGCCUCCCGAAUACGGAGCCUUGUGCAUUGGACCUGGCCGUCUGUGUAACUACGUAACAUGUCCUCAGAAUGUCUUAUCUGCAUGUUUUGACAAUGCUUCUUAUUAUUUCCCUCUUGCAUUUGAAAUGUGUUUGUGUCAAUAGAUAGCUGAAGAGGAAGGUCAGAGUCAAAGAUGCUCAGUGCUCCCAAAUUUUUCCAGAUAGCUCCCAACUCAUCCUAAUUUGAUUUUGGGUGGGCUUGAAAAUAGUGGAAAGCACGUCUGUCACACUGGCUAACACAGGCUGAUCUUGUAAAAUAAGUGGCGUAGAUUUCACUGUGACUGAAGAGUCUCUUGCAGUUAAUGCACCGAUAAAUUAGUUAUGAGGUUGCACUUCACACUAUGCGUUAGCAUGGUUCUCCUUGGACUCGCAAGGGUUGGAGAUGGGUUGUUCAUGAGAAAAAAGGCUGCUGAUAGUCAACAUUUGAUGGUUCUGGCAGCUCUUGGUACUGGGUUUGGAUAAUAUAUCAACAUUUAAAGUCGGAUCAGAGUUUUUCUUAGUUGGAAUUUUUAGUGAUGAUAUUGACUCGAUAAAGGCACAUUUUAGAUAUCCUCAUAUAUUUAUCAAAGUUUAAAAAUGCACAUGGACACCCAUUUGCAGGCAAACCCAUACACUCCCUUAUUAAGGCAUUGAGCUGUAUCUCUACCUCCUGUCUUGCAUUAAACAUUAUUUAUUAGAAUAAAUGUAUAUCUGUAUGGCAGGCCUAACAGGCUAGAGCCUUGAAACCUGAAUAAUAAAUGUAUAAAUAUGACACGUAUUUCAGAUUUUAAAUUGCAGUGUCAAUGGCAAAACUUUUAAUGCAAGUUAUGUAUUUAAAAAUAUGAAAUAAAUCAUAGACAAAUAAAACACCUGUU